AUGGACCCGCCGCGGCCCUUCCGCCCGCCCAGGCCCGGGCCCGGGCCCGCCCUGCCCGCGGCGAGGGGGCUCCGCGGGCUCCGCGGGCUCGUGGCCUUCUCCCCUCGCCUGCCCUCGCCCGGCCCCGCCCAGCCCCGAGCCGCGUCGUCGCCGUUCCCCGCGCUGUUCCGCGGGCUGGGCCUGGGUGAGCGGCCUGUGGAGAGGCCCCUCGGCCGGGGCGGCACUGGCGAUAGGAAGGCUGCGGCUCCGCCCGGCCCCGUGCAGCAGCAGGAGAAGGAGGAGGACAAGGGGGCAGCGCUGGCGGCGCUCCCCACGCGUGGGCAGAUCCUGUGGAAAGGCAGAGGGGGCGCGCUGCCCACCCAGCCUGGAGGAGCCGCCCCGUGCCCGCCCAGCCCGCAGCCCUGCCCGACGCCCGUGCCCACCCCGGAGAGCCCCUCAGCUGCUGCCAGGCCGACGCAGGGGACGAAGGCGGCGGCGAAGGGAGCCACGGUCCCCGUGGGGCUGAACUUUGUCAAGAUCCACUGCCAGAACGAAGCUGUCUACCAGUACCACGUGACCUUCAGCCCCGAGGUGGAGUGCAAGGCUGCCCGCUUUGCCAUGCUGAAGGAGCAGCGCGCCGUGACCGGGGACGUGAUGGCCUUCGACGGCUCCAUCCUCUUCCUGCCCAUCCAGAUCCCCAAGGUCAGCCUGAAGGCUCAGAGGAACAGCGACGGGGAGGAGAUCUUCAUCAGCAUCCAGAUGACCAAAAUCCUGGAGCCCAGCUCGGAUCUCUGCAUCCCCUUUUACAACGUGGUCUUCCUUAGAGUGAUGAAAAUCUUAAAUAUGAGCCUGGUUGGGAGAAAUUUCUUUGAGCCUGCCCAGGCCACCACCCUACAGAAAUACAGCCUCCAUAUCUGGCCGGGAUACGCCGUCAGCAUCGGGAGGAAGGACGGGGGGCUCUUCCUCAUGGUGGACGCCAUCCACAAGAUCAUCCGCAGCGAGUCCGUGCUGAGCGUGAUGCAAACCAUCCACUCCCAGAGCCAGAGGACGUUCCAGGACGAGUGCACCAAGCAGCUGGUGGGGAGCGUGGUCAUGACGCGCUACAACAACCGCACCUACCGCGUGGAUGACAUCGACUGGGACAAGACCCCCAAGGACACUUUCACCCUGGCCAGCGGGCAGGAGGUCACCUUCGUGGACUACUACAGCAAGACCCACGGGAUCACCAUCAGAGAACUGGACCAGCCCCUGCUCAUCCACAAGCCCAAGGAGAAACAGAUACCAGCGGGGAGGCGCCAGCUGAAGAUGGUGCUGCUCGUGCCAGAGCUCACCUUCCUCACCGGGCUCUCCGACCUCCGCAAGAACAGCCGGGUGCUGAAGGAGGUGAUGUGGGAGAUGAUCCAGAGUCCCCAGCAGCACUACCAGCGCCUCACCGGCCUCCUGCGCCGCAUCCGGGACACCCCGGACGCUUCCCGGGAGCUGGAGCGCUGGGGGCUGGUCCUGGACACGGAUAUCUACAGGACCCAGGGUCACAUCCUGCCCGUGGAGCGGAUCAACCUCCGGCACCGCUCCUUCCUCCCCGCCGAGGAGCUGGGCUGGCACCGCGAGGUGACGAAGGAGGUGCCCAUCGCCGUGAUCUCCAUCAGUUCCUGGCUCCUGAUCUAUCCCAAGCGGCUGCAGCACGUGGCCAAGGACCUGCUGGCAGCCGUGAGGAGCAGCUGUGGGGCCAUGGGAAUGCAGGUGGGACAGCCCACGGUGCAGGAGCUGCGGGACGACCGCAUCGAGACCUACGUCAGGGCCAUCCAGAGCUCUUUGGGAAGCCAGGAAAAGGUGCAGCUGCUCCUGUGCAUCAUCCCUGGUGGCCGGGACGACGUCUACGGGGCCAUCAAGAAGCUUUGCUGUGUGCAGACCCCCGUGCCCUCCCAGGUCAUCAACGCCCAGUCCCUCACGGGCCAUCCUGGCAAGAUCAGGAGCGUGGUGCAGAAAGUUCUGCUGCAGAUGAACUGCAAGCUGGGCGGGCAGCUCUGGGGGGUUGAUAUCCCACUGAAGCAGCUGAUGGUUGUGGGCAUGGACAUCCACCACAGCAGGAGCCAGGGCAUGCGCUCUGUCAUCGGCUUCGUGGCCAGCAUGAACCACAUCCUCACCAGGUGGUACUCCAGGGUGGUUUUCCAGAUGCCCCACCAGGAAAUCGCCGACAGCCUCCGGCUCUGCCUCUCCCAAGCCCUCAAGCGCUUCUACGAGCUGAACCACUCCCUGCCCAUGAAGAUCGUGGUGUACCGGGAUGGGGUGUCCGACCCCCAGCUGGACACGGUGCUCAAGUACGAGGUGCCCCAGCUCCAGAAGAGCUUCCACACCUUCCAAAAUUACCAGCCCAGCCUCGUGGUCAUCGUGGUGCAGAAGCAGAUGAGCACCAACUUCUACUGCCUGACAGGAGAGGAGUUUGUGUCCCCUCCCCUGGGCACCGUCAUCGACCACGGCGUCACCAGCUCGGGCUGGCAGGAUUUCUUCCUGCUGGCCCAUCACACCCGGCAGGGCUGCAGCGUUCCCACGCGCUACAUCUGCAUGUGGAACACGGCCAACCUCAGCUCCGAGCACCUCCAGAGGCUGACCUUCAAGCUGUGUCACCUGUACUGGAACUGGCCGGGCACCGUCCGUGUCCCUGCCCCCUGCAAGUACGCCCACAAGUUGGCAUUCCUGGCGGGCCAGGUCCUGCACCACGAGCCCAGCGCCCACCUCUGCGAGCAGCUCUUCUUCCUUUAACCUGCCAGGACCCAGAAAUCCGGGACUGCACUGGGAAAAGCGGGAUUGAACUGGGAUUGCACCCCGAGUUCUGCUCCCCACCCGCUGCUCUUUGCCCCCCCUGUGCCAAGGGGGAUCUUCCUCAGUUCUCUGUUCUGGUGUUAAUUUAAUUUAUUCUUUCUUCGUUGCUUUCGAGGCUGCUGGGGAUUGCGGCAGCAUCCCGGGGCUGUGGGGUUUUAAUUUGGGAAUUAAUCCCCGUGGGGAUGAACCCAAAAGGAAUUUCCUGCUGGUUUCCAGCCCUCCCAGUAAAGGGGGUUGAGUUAACGAGCCCCAAAAGUGCUGCUGCUCCCACAGCUCAUCCCUGUGCCGGUGCUGGAUGGAAAUCCCAAAGAUUUCAGGGUUUUUUUUUUUUCCCCCCUCCCCAGUUUCUUGCAUUUCCAUGCAGGUUCAAAGUUUUGUUUUUUUUUUUUUUUUUUUUUUUUUUUUUUUUUUCCUGGGCUUUUUUCAGCUCCAGUUUGGCCAGUUCUCCCGUCCUUGAGGAGUCACUGGUUUUCCAAGGAGAAUUCUUUGUGGAUUCAGGUCAUUACCCCAGGGAAAGGUUGGAGUUUUCACCUAUUUUAGGUGCUUUUUUUGCCUUAACUCGAGACAAGUUGGAAUUCCCUCAUUUUUCUCUUUGCUGAAAUUGGUUCAUUCCAAUAAAAUCGUUGCUGGCA